GCGCGGUCUCGGGCAUUUUUUUACGGAUCGUGUAUGCUCGAGCAUGCGUGCGACCGCGCGAGCCUGCGCGAGUAAACCGUUCUGGGUUACCUCACGCCAGUUUGUCGCGAAAGUUCGUCAACGAUGGUGGACUGGGAUAUGAUUAUAAUUGCGCUUUUGGCGGAAGAAGAAGAAAUGGAAGAACAUAUUAAUAAAAUAAGGCGCCAGAAAGUCAGACGAAGAAUAUGGGUCGAGGAAUGUUGGCAGGAAAGGUGUAGUUAUGGUGAAUUUAAUACACUUUGUACAACUUUACCAUCGAAAGGAGUUUUGUUUUAUGAUUACUAUAAAAUGGAUUAUGAAAAAUUUCGAAUGCUUGUGGAAAUUUUACGUCCAUAUAUUCAAAAGAAGACCACUAAUUAUCGUUCAACCAUUUCUAUUGAGGAACGCUUAACCAUUUGUUUAAGAUUUUUGACUGUAGGCAGUAGUUUCAAAUCCUUGGCUUUCAACUACCGCGUGGGUUACAGCACAGUUCGGUCAAUAGUGUAUGAAACUUGUGCUGCAAUUUGGAAAGUAUUGCAGCCUAUUGUCAUGCCGAAGCCAACAGAGGAGACUUGGUCGCAAAUUGAAGAAGGGUUCAAAAAUAUUUGGCAAUUCCCGAACUGCAUUGGAGCACUGGAUGGCAAGCAUGUACAAAUACGAUCGCCCCAUAACAGUGGAAGUCAGUUUUACAACUACAAGAAAUCAUUUAGUACCGUAUUGUUAGCCGUUGUAGACGCAAAUUACAAAUUUGUUAUAGUUGAUGUUGGUGCAUACGGCCGCAAUAGUGAUGGCGGUAUAUUGUCAAAUUCUAAGUUAGGACAAAAAUUAAAUAAUACACUUCAUAUACCUCAGAAUAAGUGUUUACCAUCCACAAAUAAAGAAAUACCACACGUAUUCGUAGCCGAUGAAGCAUUUCCGUUAACCAAUAAUAUAAUGAGACCUUUCCCUGGAAAUGACAUUAGAGGUGACGAGCAGAAAAAAAUAUUCAAUUAUAGACUGAGCCGAGCCCGACGCAUGGUGGAGAGUGCAUUUGGAAUAAUGGUACAGAAGUAUGAAGUUUUUCAAAGACCACUAAAAGUGCAACCUCAUCAUCUAGACAAGAUCAUACUUGCUUGUACUUGUUUACACAAUUUUCUUAUUGAUGAAAAAUAUAUUCAUACUCAAUCUCACGAGUCGAAUCAAUCUGAAAUUAUAUUUCAAGAUUUUGAACAGCUAAACGAAGAAGAAGAAGACGGAAGUAAUGUAACUGAAAGUAUGAAGAUACGAGAUGAAUUCAAAAAAUAUUUUAGUUCAGAAGCUGGGUCUGUUCAUUGGCAAGACAAUAUAAUAAAUCGACGUUGUUAA